AAACGUGAGCUGUUUCCGUUCUUUUUGAUCGUGAAGUUUAAUCAUGGCGGUCGGCAAAAAUAAGGGUACCUCCAAAGGAGGCAAGAAAGGAUCGAAAAAGAAGGUGGUGGAUCCGUUUACACGUAAGGAUUGGUACGAUGUGAAAGCCCCGAACAUGUUUUCGACCCGCCAGGUUGGGAAAACCCUGGUAAACCGUACGCAGGGAACUCGAAUUGCUUCGGACGGUCUGAAAGGCCGCGUGUUUGAGGUUUCCCUGGCAGAUCUGCAGAACGAAUCGGAUGCGGAGAGAUCUUUCCGUAAGUUCAAACUGAUUGCCGAAGAUGUCCAUGGCCGCAACGUGCUGUGCAACUUCCACGGAAUGGAUCUAACGACCGAUAAGCUGAGAUCCAUGGUUAAGAAAUGGCAAACUCUGAUCGAGUGCUCCGUAGAUUGCAAGACCACCGAUGGAUACAUGCUGCGCGUGUUCUGCAUUGGUUUUACAAUCAAGGAUCCCGUUUCACAGCGUAAGACUUCCUACGCUCAACAUUCCCAGAUUAGGGAAAUCCGCAAGAAGAUGACCACCAUCAUCACCCGUGAUGUGACCAGCUCGGAUCUGAAGGAGGUUGUCAACAAAUUGGUGCCCGAUUCGAUCGCUAAGGAUAUCGAGAAGGCGUGCCAGGGAACCUAUCCGCUGCAUGAUGUUUACAUUCGCAAGGUUAAGGUUCUGAAAAAGCCCCGUUUCGACCUUGCUAAUCUGUUGGAACUGCACGGUGACGGUGGCGGUAAAGGUGCCGAAGUCUCGACCGGAGCUGCAGAAGGUGGCGUUACCAUCGACCGCCCUGAGGGAUACGAACCACCAGUACAAGAAUCGGUGUAAUGCGAACCUAACCUUCAAUAUUAAGUGUUUUCAACAACAGUUGGGUAUAUAAGUUUGUGGAUACAUAAAAGCGAAGAAAUACAACCGGAACUGUUGUAGAAGA